AUGCCGGAAGUGGCGCGCAAAGGCCGGCGCUCCGCGACACCCUGCUUGGACACCUGCCUUCCGUCUCUGGUUGGCCAGAACUGGUCCCGAAUCUUUGACACCAUGAAGCGCUGCCAGGUGACAAUCCUGGUCGCCCCCACUGGCUCGGGCAAGUCAACAGAUCUUCCACAGCUCCUGCUGGCGGAAUUCCAGAAGUCCUGUCCGGCAACCAAGAUUCUGUGCGCUCAGCCUCGCCGCAUCGCAGCCACGACCCUGGCCGCCUAUGUGGCGCAGCGAACCAAAACGAACCUGGGGGAUCUUGUUGGCUUCGAGAUUGGUGGCUGCAAAGUCCGCUCACAAAACACUCGCCUGACCUAUGUUGUUGCUGGCAUAGCUCUAUUGAACUGUUUGGAUUCGUGCCCUGACUUUGACGUCAUCAUUGUGGACAAGGCGCCCAUCAAAUCCUAA